UGCCUGACGAAGGAGUGACGCAGAUGCUGCGCACGCGCACGCUGCCUCGCGUCCAUGUUGUGUUGGCGGACGGAGGAGGCUAGUGCUAACGGCUAACAUAGCCAGCGUCCUCCUCUAUUCCUUCUUGUAGUUAUCGUUGUUGGUCUCGGAGGCCGCGGGUCGGGCAGGCGGGCGGACAUGUCUCCGGGCCGCCGCUGCCGUCCCCCGCCGGGCGGCCACCGAGCACCGUCGUCACGGCUCCCACAGCCCUUCUCUUUGAAGCAAAGCUAAGCCAAGCUAAGGUUAGCCCGCUAAGAUGAGCGACCAAAUGUCUCCGGACUUUGUGUUGAUGCGCCUCCUCGUCUCGCACCUGGAACAGCCCGAACACGUCACGUCCGGAAAAGGGGCUCUACCUCACGCCGUCUUCGACGUGGACGCCGGGGGCCCCCCGCAGGACAUAGGAUCCGCGUCCCCGCACUACAGCUCCCCUUUGCCCGGCCAUGGGGAGCUGGAAGGUGGGUUGCUCUCGCAGGAGAACCCCUCGGGAUCCGAGGAGGGCUUGGACUUCCCGGCCACGGGGAGGCAAGGGUCCAGGGCGCAGUUGAUGGUUUUCCGGAACCAGCUCAUGGACUUCAGUCUGGAGCAGCCCCCACUGGAGGGGAAGGAGACCUGUUGGUCGCACUCUUCGGGGUCAGGCUCGACUUCAGCCGGGGGCGCAGAGGAGCGAGACCCCUGCCACCCACCGUCUUUAGACGAGAACCUUCAGUGGCGUACCGAAGGGUCUGGUCCGUCCGGGUCGGUCCUCUGCCACCCCCUGGCCAAGUGGCCCAGGAAGAAUUGUGGCUGUGAUGAUGAGGAGAUGGUCCUGACUCUGAACCCGAGUGCAGAGCGGCUGGGAGGCCAACGAGGAGAUGAAAGGGGCCGGUGUUCCUGUCUGCUGGCUGCCAGGGGGAUGGCACCGGGCGAGGACCCCAGCGAGACCAGUGACGCCCUGCUGGUCCUGGAAGGGUUAGGGGCGGAGGCUGACGUCAAGGAAGUGGGGACGUGUAGGGGGGCGGACCCUGUGUUUUGCAGUGGGACCCUCAGCGGGCUGAUGCAGCAGGUCCACAGACUAGCUGGAGAAGCGGGUGUCUGCACCCAUCAAACUUGGAGGCCCCCUGCACCUGUCCACGGUGCCCCCUGCAGCCAGAUUGGAGCUUCCCCUGCCGGCCCCCCGUCCCCAGAGCCGCGGCGUCACCUGCAGCAUCAGUCGCGCUCCCAACCCCAAAGCCGGGCCACCACUCCAAAACUUGGCUUGGCAGCAGGGGGGCGCUCGGCUUCUCCGCUGGUGGUCCCGGAAGGGGACCCGGGCGGAGAAAGGACGUCCAGGGGUAAAUCCAGGAAAGGGGGGUCUCUGAGGGUGCGCCUCAGUAGACUGUUUCGUACUAAGAGUUCAUGCGGGGGUGCCGGAGGCCUUCUGGACAAGAGGCCGUCCCUGGCUUCGACCACAUCGUCGGCGGGGAGCCUGGUGGACAUCUGGGGUUCCACCGGUCUGUGGGGGUCUACCUGCGGCAAUGCGCAGGACUGUGGCAGAACACAGACACCCACGCUGACGUGCACGCCGCCCUUCACCGGUGAAACGGUCUCUUUGGUGGACGUGGAGAUCUCUCGGAGGAAUUGUCUCCACCCUCCGACGCCUCCACCUCCACCCAGACGCAGCCUCAGUCUGCUCGAUGAUUUGGGGGGUGCGCCUUCGCCGGGAGUUACGUCAUCAGAGCGCAUCGACGGGGCCUCGAUGCAGUCGCUGCCUCCCCGACCCUCCCUGUCAACCAUCCAGCACAGCUUGAGUCUGAAUGACUCGUUCCCGCGGGUUCCGUCCAGGCCCGUCCCUCACCUGCCGGCGCCCCGCCUAGCACCUCGCUGCCCCCCGGAGCAUCCCGACGCCGGCAAUUUCGCCAGCAGCCUCCGUGAACUGGAAAAGUGUGGUUGGUAUUGGGGUCCGAUGACGUGGGAGGAUGCCGAGAUGAAGCUGAAGGGCAAAGCGGACGGCUCCUUCCUGGUGCGAGACAGUUCGGACCCCCGCUACAUCCUCAGCCUGAGCUUUAGGUCGCAAAGCGUCACUCACCACACGCGCAUGGAGCACUACCGAGGUACUUUCAGUCUGUGGUGUCACCCCAAGUUUGAGGACCGCUGCCAUUCGGUGGUGGAGUUCAUUGAACGCGCCAUUAUGCAUUCGAAGAACGGGAAGUUUCUCUACUUCUUGCGUUCACGGGUGCCAGGUCUGCCUCCGACACCGGUGCAGCUGCUGCAUCCUGUGUCCCGCCUAAGCAGCGUCAAGUCGCUGCAGCACCUGUGUCGCUUCUGCAUCCGCCAGCUUGUUCGCGUGGACCACAUCCGGGAGCUGCCGCUACCCACGCCGCUGAUCUCCUACCUGCGCAAGUUUUAUUACUACGACCCCGAAGAGGAGGUCAACCUUGCCAAGGAGGCCGACGACGCAGAAACGUAGCCCGCUGGCACGCCCGCCGCGCCGCAAUUAACUUGAAGGCGGACAGCCAAUUGGCUCCCUCGCUCCGUCCUGCAUCCGGGCGGGUUUGAAUGCCCUUCCUCGUCUGAGCUGUCUGAUUGGCCGGCGAUGCCGGCAGCCGCCAUGUUUUGGCCGAGACUCUAUUCGCGCGGCUUCCUGGAUCCUUAAAAAAAGUUGUUCACAGGUCGCCGACGCCAUCGCAUGCAAAGCGAUCCCGAGCCGCGAGUGACGUCCAAUAAGCGGGCAGGGCCCGAUGACGUCACGUGACCCCAUGCCGGGACGCGUCUCUGUAAUGAUGUCAUAAUUGUGCGCUGUCAAUAAAUGUGGGGGGGGCUCCUCGUCA